AAGCAUUGGUUCAUUUUAAUGUUAAUAAAUAUAAAUUCAAAAAUUUUUUUUUUGGUUAGGUUGUUUGCUAUGUCUUUGGCUGAUCUAACAAAAACAAACAUAGAUGAACAUUUCUCCAGUGUGGCAUUAGAAAACAGUAGCAGGUCUGAAGAAUGCAAGAGAAGCCCAGACACGGGCGAUUCUUCACAGAACAGUAACGCCUCCGAUAAGAGUGUUGACUAUAGCAGAUCUCAGUGCUCCUGCCGAAGUUUAAGUUCUCAGUAUGAUUAUUCAAAAGACUUUCUCUCUGAUUGUUCAGAAAAGGCCAUUAAUAGAAAUUAUUUAAAGCAGCCUGUGGUAAAAGAAAAGGAGAAGAAAAAGUAUAAUGUUUCUAAAAUCUCCCAACCUAAAGGCCAGAAGGAAAUCUCAGUUGAAAAAAAGCACACCUGGAAUACAUCACUUUUUAAAUCUCAAAUCAAUAUGAUUGCCCAAAGAAGAGAUGCUAUGGCUCAUCGAAUACUCUCGGCAAGGCUUCAUAAAAUUAAAGGACUAAAAAAUGAAUUAGCUGAUAUGAAUCAUAAAUUGGAAGCCAUCCUUAUAGAAAACCGAUUUUUGAAACAACUUCAGCUUAGGCAUUUGAAAGCUAUAGGAAAAUAUGAGAAUUCACAAAAUAAUCUACCACAAAUUAUGGCUAAACAUCAGAAUGAAGUAAAAAAUUUAAGGCAACUCCUUAGGAAAUCCCAGGAAAAGGAAAGAACCAUAUCUAGGAAACUUAGAGAAACUGACAGCCAGUUACUGAAGACUAAAGAUGCCUUGCAGGCACUGCAGAAACUUUCUGAAGACAAAAACCUUGCAGAAAGGGAAGAACUUACUCAGAAAUUAUCUAUUAUUACAACAAAAAUGGAGGCAAAUGACAAAAAAAUACAGAGCUUGGAAAAACAACUGAGGUUGAAUAGCAGAGCCUUUAGUCGGCAGCUGGCUAUUGAGAAUCGGAAGACUUUAGCGGCUCAAACAGCUAGCAAGACUCUGCAGGUGGAAGUAAAACACCUUCAGCAAAAACUUAAGGAAAAGGAUCGUGAACUUGAAAUUAAAAACAUCUAUAGUCAUCGAAUACUUAAAAAUUUACAUGACACCGAGGACUAUCCAAAAGUUUCUUCAACAAAAUCAGUCCAAGCAGACAGAAAAAGUUUGCCAUUCACAAGUAUGAGACACCAGGCAACCCAAAAAUCAGAUGUUCCACCUUUGACAACUAAGGGUAAAAAGGCAACAGGAAACAUUGAUCACAAAGAAAAAUCAACUGAAAUAAAUCGUGAAAUUCCUCACUGUGUCAAUAAACUACCAAAGCAAGAGGAUUCUAAGAGAAAAUAUGAAGAUUUAUUAAAGGAAGAUAAACAUUUGGAAGUACAAGUACUACUGGAGAAUUUUGGAAGACAAAAAGACAAAAAAGAAGACCAAGAAAAGAACACCGUUUCAGUGAAAGAAGAGCAAGAACUACCACCAAAAAUAAUUGACAUCAUUCAUCCUGAAAGAGAAACCAAUCAAGAUGAUCUAGUAAGAGAAAAGUUUAAAAGAAGCAUGCAGAGAAAUGACACGGAUGACACACCUGGCAGAUGCACUGCUCCCUACACGAAAGGCCCCCUCAGACAAAGAAGGCAUUACUCAUUCACAGAAGCAACUGAAAACCUGCAUCAUGGGCUUCCUGCUUCAGGUGGGCCAGCCAAUGCCAGCAACACGAGGUGCAGUCAUAGUACAAGCAAGCAUCUCAGUAACAGAGAGGAAAGGGAGCUAGAGCAUUCUGACAGUGGGUAUGAGCCCUCAUUUGGUAAGUCUUCCAGAAUAAAAGUGAAAGAUAUAACUUUCAGAGACAAGAAAAGCAGUCUCAUGGAAGAACUCUUUGGAUCAGGCUACAUCUUGAAAACUGAUAAGUCAGGUUCUGGUGUUACAAAAGGCUCAGAGGAGCCUUUGCAAAGUAAGGAGUUGCAUCACCUGCCUCCCAGUCAGGCCUCCGCCAGCAAUGCAUUCGGAGACUCUAAAGUAACUGUGGUAAAUUCUAUUAAGCCAUCAUCACCUACAGAAGGAAAAGAGAAAAGAAUUAUCUAAAUAUAAUCAAUAUCCUAAUGCAUUCUGAUUUGAUAUAAUGCUGUUUAUGUGCCUUGCAUCUUAUUUUUGAAAUGUGUGAGAGAGGGAGUGUAUGUCUGUGUGUCUUUAGGCACUUACAUUGACUUUCGAUAAUUAAAUUUUUGUUUUAUUGCUAAUCUAGUAAAAAAUCCAUUUUAGGCAAUAACACUUUAAAUACAAAUUUACAUCUUUACAACUGAAAUAUCCAUUAUCUUCUGGAAGACUGGUUUAUUAUAUGGUUUUAGUAUUCUGUGGGACUCCAUAGCUAAUAAUUAUAAGGUAGCCAACCCAAGACAUAUGCAUCUCAUACACAACAAAAUGUAUCAGCAAUAGAGUUGAGUUGUAACUGAAAAACAUGGAAGCAGGCCAGGUGCAGUGGUUCAUGCCUGUAAUCCCAGUAUUCUGGGAGCCCAAGGCAGGGAGAUCAUUUGAAUCCAGGAGUUCAAGACCAGCUUGGGCAAUAUGGUGCAACAGCAUCUCUACAAAUUACAAGAAUUAGCCAGGUGUGGUGGUGUGUGCCUAUAGUCCCAGCUACUUGGGAG